CUCAGUUGGUCUUGGCUCCCUGAACCGUGAGAACGGGUUUGCUCUUCGCACACCUGAGAGAGUGAAUUUUCAUGAUCUCCGAUCUUAAAAGCGCAACGCAAUUUGGUCAUCUUUUCGGCCAGCACAUUUUCAAUUAUUUCUUGCCUUUCAUCAAUCGUUAUCGUUGAUCGGCAAUAGUUAUCAAAUAUUAUUGUACAGUGUAAACAGAAGGUGUAAAAAUGCCAUACUACAACGAUGUCCCGUAUUACUAUGGAGGAGCAUCUUAUGCGAACCAUAGCUCGUUAAUGACAGGCACGGGACGAACACCUUUUCAUACUCCGCUGACUUCGCGUUUCUCGCCGCAUCUAUCGACUAUUUCGGAAUCUCCGCUCAAUCAGUUGCAUCGUUUUGCUAUAAGAUCUCCGCCGAUAUCCGUAAGACGUGUAAGACAAGUAAUAGAUACGAAAGAUAUCGACGUUUCAUCGCCAAGAAUUCUUUCACACAAUGGAAAUCGUCCAAGGAAUCGUUUGCAACGUAAUCGCCCGACCAUUAAGAUUAGAUCACAAGCUUUGAAGGAUAAUCCUGUGUUACGAGAGCACAAUGAAAAGCACGAGAAAUCAGUUGGUGAGCUCUUGAUGGAGAAGUUCUUCAUUAAGGAUACGAAAUUGGAUGGCGAUGGAAAUCAACAAAUACGCUUAUAUCAUCAAGUCAGCUUGAAUCAGCUUGAAAAUCCUCAAGAACAAGAGGCUAUACAGAAACGAAUCACUCGCAGAUUUACACGACGCAGAUCUUCCGCCGAUUUGCAACUUAGUCCUGAACAAUUGCAACAAAAAGUCGCGUAUGCGGAAGUUCAAGCGAAGGUCUUGGACAGUCUUGUGGCUGAAGAACAAGCUCAGAUCGAGAAUGAGAUACGUCAAGGUACUUUGAUGAGAAAGGAUACAACGACGAGAGGCUCGAUCGCCCACUCUUAUUAUACCGAUUCCGAUACGACUCAAGAAGAAAAGAAAACGGCAAGACUAAAGAAAACUAUGAAUAAGACGAAAAAAAGGAAGAAAUCAACUAUCGAUAAUUCGUGGCUAGCUGAUAAAAUCGAUAAUAGGCAAUCGAGUACCUGUAAUGAAGUGUCAACUGAUUCGGAGAUCGAAGAAAAAAGUAAUGGGCCGAAACCACAGAUGUAUAAGAUUGAAGCUUGUAACAGCACUGGGGAUUUCUCUACGAUUUGGAUGAAUGCGAGCUCCGAAAACGAGAAGUGUAAAUCAAUGGUCGAGCAAUUUAGGGAGAGCGUGAAGAUUCCUAUUCCCAGGACAUUUGAAACUGAAAAUAAGAUAGACACUUUUCCGAAAAAUGUGGACGAAACGGAAAUGCAAAUAGUGUUACCUAUGCGAAAACCUUAUGUAAAGGAUUCAUCAAGGAACAGCGUAUACUUGACAGUGAGAAAACCUACAGAAAAACUCGAAGAGAAACUUGAGGAAAUCGAGAGACUUAAUAACAAUGAAAAUCAAUUAAACCUCACAAAUGGUUUCGUUGAUGUGAAAAAAGAUGAUGAAUUAAAUAGCUUAACGAAUAAAGAUUCACUGGAAUCGAAUGACGAUGUACAAACAAUAAAUGACAUUAAAGAUGCAACGUUAAAGAAAAUUCCAGAUAAGCCCAAGAAAAUAAAAUCUUCGGCAAAAACGAAUAUUUAUUCCACAUUGGAUAAUAAUUUAAAUUUAGAAAGUAAAGAUUCAUUGAAAUCAAACGACGAUGUACAAACGACAAAUGAUAUUAAGGAUAUAAAGAAAAUUUCAGAUGAGUCUAAAAAACUGGAAUUUUCAGCAAGAAAGAAUAUUUAUUCUGCGUUGGAUAAUAAUUUAGAUAUAGAAAACAAAGAUUCACCGAAAUCGAAUGACGAUGUGAAAACGACAAAUGAUAAUAAGGAUAUAACGUUGGAGAAAAUUUCAGAUAAAUCUAAGAAAGUGGAGUCUUCGACGAAAAAGAAUAUUUAUUCCGCAUUGGAUAAUAACUUAAAUUUAGAAAGUAAAGAAUUGAAAUCAAACGACAUACAAACAACAAAUGAUAUUAAGGAUAUAAAGGAAAUUUCAGAUAAAUCUAAGAAACUGGAAUCUUCGUCAAAAAAGAAUAUUCAUUCCACAUUGGAUAACAACUUAAAUAUAGAGGACAAAAAUUCACUGAAAUUAAAUGACGACGUGCAAAUGACAAAUGAAGUUAAGGAUAUAACGUUAAAGAAAAUUCCAGAUAAGCCCAAGAAAAUAAAAUCUUCGGCAAAAACGAAUAUUUAUUCCGCAUUGGAUAAUAACUUAAAUUUAGAAAGUAAAGAAUUGAAAUCAAACGACAUACAAACGACAAAUGAUAUUAAGGAUAUAAAGGAAAUUUCAGAUGAAUCUAAGAAACUGGAACCUUCGUCAAAAAAGAAUAUUUAUUCCACAUUGGAUAACAACUUAAAUAUAGGUGACAAAAAUUCACUGAAAUCGAACGACGACGUGCAAAUGACAAGUGAUGUUAAGGAUAUAACGUUAAAGAAAAUUUCAGAUGAGUCUAAGCCUAAGCAAUUGGAAUCUUUGGCAAAAAAGAAUAUUUAUUCUACGUUGGAUAAGAACUUAAAUAUAGAGGAUAAAACUUCACUGAAAUCGAACGACGACGUGCAAAUGACAAAUGAAGUUAAGGAUAUAACAUUAAAGAAAAUUCCAGAUAAGUUUAAGAAAAUGGAAUGGACAAAAAAGAAUUCCACAUUGGACAAUAAUUUAAAUACAGGAAACAAGAUUGCCUCAAAAACAAAUAGUGAUGUACAAGAAAAUGAUAAAAACGAUGCACCACUUUCGAAAAGUGCUGAGAAAUCUAUGCAAUCAAGUGUUCCAACAUUUAUUUCGACGAAAAACGAUGCACAGAACCAUGAUGCGCAAAUAAAACAAUUGCCCAAAAAUAUUGUCACGAAUAUAAAAAAGGAUGAAAGUGAAAAGAAUGAUACUGUAAUUACUGCUAUGAAAAACCUCGAUUGCCUAAAAACUGUUUCAACUAUCGAGAUGCCGGGGGAUCUCACCACUAAAGAUUCUUUCACUUCAAAAACAGACAAAUUUACGGAAGAGAAAGAUAAACUAAAAAUGUCGGCGACAUUGCGCGAUGCUACAAAACGAAGCGUUGUCUCGAGUGAAGCUAACGAUAAUGCUGGUGAAAACAGCGCCAAUAGUGCGACGUGUCAUCUGCCAAAACCGUCUAAAAUUAAUACAGAUAGAAAUAAUGUCAUAGAAGCGCCAGAGCUUUCGUUACGAGAGACGGCACAGUAUCUGGCAAAUCCACCGGAAAGUGUUGAAGCGGUUCUUACGUUGCCGGAAAAGAAGAUGAACAAAGAAUCGAACUUGGCAAAGACUCCUUUCUUUAAUGCUCCAAAGAAAAUCAAUAGCGUAGACGCAAAUAAAUCGACUUUGAAAAUCGGCGUAACUCAAACCAAUGACAUCGCCAAUUUGGUAACUAAAGGAAUGACCUUGCUCAAGGAAAUGAACGAUGAAGUGCGUAGUACCGACAGUAAUGAGGAAAUGAAAUCAAUAACGGAGCCGUCAAAAGUCGAUCUGAACACUGAAACGCCAAAGAACGAAAUAGAAAAGCCUAAUGGAAAUAUAUCACGCAAAUUAUCUAUAAAAAUGAUUAAUCCAUCAAAAAUUGAGACGGAAAUAAUUACUACCAAAAAAUUAGAACCGAAAGAAUCGAAUCUAUUAAAGACUGAUAUUAAAAAAAUAGAUAAUGUCGAUAUAGAAAAAGAUUCGGGAGAUUCCGACUUAUCCAAUCUCAAAAAUAACGUGCCAAAACUCGAUGCUGCAAAAUCCAAAUUCAAAACGAAAACUUUUCCAAAGACAGCUGCGAAUGAAACCGAUAAAAUGGUUUCAUCGAAAAUUAAGAAAGAUUCAGAUAUAUUUAAAAUAACAAAAAGUAAUGAUGAUAAAUCCAUAUUAUUUCCUCAGAAAGAACGAGAUAUGCCGAGAAAUUUAAAAAAAGGUAUUCCUGUUGAUUCUAAAAAAUCGAUGAAUGAUUGCUUAUCGAAUAACAUUUCCAAUGUGCAACAGUCUGCAUCCGUUAAUGAAAAAACUGCGGAUAAAAUACCUAUUAAAAAAGAGCCGACAAAACCUCUAAAUAAAAUAACAGAAGAACCGACAAAACUUCUAAGUAAAAUAACUGAGAAGAAGCCAGUGACAGUCGACGUAAGUUACGAUAAAUCACAGGAGAAAGGUGGGCAGUUAUCCAAGAGCGCUUCCACUGAAUCUAUUGAUUUUUGGAGCGAGAUCAAAGCGGCGAGUAGUCCUGAAGGGAUGAAAUCGAAACAAGAAAGCGGAUUUUCUUUUUACGAGACUACGAUCACGAAAGUUGAAAACAUAGAUCCAACGAAUUGCAUGUUUAAUGAUUCAUUGGCAGAAAAGAAGUCGUUGAUAACAUCAGUAAAGAAUUCUGAUGAUAAGAAAAAUAAAACAAACGUCGAAAAAGGCGUAAUAGAAUUCAGUAAUUCAAUGAUCGAGCCAAGUAACGUUGUUGUAGAAGAAGAAAAGGAAAAGGAGAAAACUAUUGUGGAACCUCCAAGAGUGAAAAAUAAAGAAACUGCAAAACUCAUUAAAACAACAGAAAAAACUGCCCCGAAGGUGCUGUUAAAAAAGAAGAAAAAUCUCUCAAUAGCAAUCGGUGCCAAAGAUUCGAAUUCGACUGUGAAGAAGGCUCCCCUAAAGCACGAUUCCGCGAUUUCAAUACAACCCGACUCUACAACACCUGAUGCGACAACUGUUGCAGCUUCGGAAGUAUCUACUUCAGUACCCGAAGUCACGAUACCUAUAAUAAAUAUAAUCGAAGAAUGUAACGAAGACUUUAACAGCCACAAAAUCGAUGACGAGAAUUCCAAGACUCCAACGAACGAACCAUCAUCCGAUCUUUUCCUGACUGCGACAAUCUCAAAAUGGAGCAAUCAGGACAAUCUGACGAACUCUGACGAUGUGGAGACUCCGGUCGUAUCGGAAGAGACCAGUUUGGUCGGCAGUCCUAUCAUUAGUCCGUCAUCUGUCAAGACAAAGCAUUCGACAAAGAAAAAGAAGACGUCAACUAAGAAAACGUCAACGAAAAGCGAGAAAGAAGUGAAGAUUCGUAGCAACGAAUCGACGAUAACGAGUCAACAGAAGACGCUUAUUCCUGAAAAGCAGUUCUCAGCGAAACCGUCGCCUAAUUCCAGUCCGAGGAACACACCUUCGCAACGUCCGCUCGAUCUCAUCAGGAUGUUCUACACAACACCAUCGGCGUUGCUCACAGCCACGCCGAGAGAUCUCUCCAAGAUUAGAAGAGCGAAGAUCAAGAAGAGGCGACAUCAAUUGAAAACACCAUCUGUCAGUAGUGAUAGUACCGGAAGUACAACGAGCACUGCCACAACGGGAAGUACAGACGGAAGCAGAUCGACUUGCGUCGAACUAGACGAUGAUUCUGAGCACAAGAACUCGACAAGGAGCAACGAUUCUGGAUUUGACGGUUCACCAAGAAUCUUGAAUUGUGACAUGGCCUGCCAUAAGAAGUGCGAAAAGCUAACUGGAAAUCUAUGUGGAUUAAACCAAAAACUAGUCGCGGAAGCGUUGCAAGCUUUGAAGAGAGCACCUUCGCAAUCAUCGGACAAUCAGCGAAACUCAGAUAUCUCGGAACGUUUUCCAAGCGGUCGGAUAACGCCCCCAGCGACGAACUUACCAAGGUUCAAGAAAUAUGCCGUUACAGAUUUUAAUUUUCUCAAAGUCUUGGGUAAAGGUAGCUUUGGUAAAGUCUUACUAGCUGAAUUGUGCGGGACGGAAUGCCUGUACGCAGUAAAAUGUCUAAAGAAAGACGUCGUUCUCGAGGAUGACGAUGUCGAGUGCACGUUAAUUGAGAGAAAGGUUCUCACGCUGGCAACGAGACAUCCGUAUCUCUGUCAUCUAUUCUGCACCUUCCAGACCAAUUCGCAUCUCUUCUUCGUUAUGGAAUACCUUAAUGGAGGUGAUUUGAUGUUUCACAUACAAAAGUCCGGUCGAUUUCCCGAGGCUCGCGCACGUUUUUAUGCUGCCGAAAUAUGGUCUGGACUAAAUUUUCUACACAAGAAAGGCAUCGUUUACCGGGAUCUCAAGUUGGACAAUGUAUUGCUCGACUUCGAAGGCCAUAUUCGAAUUGCAGACUUUGGGAUGUGUAAGCUUCAAAUCUUCUUAGAUAGAACGGCCGAUACGUUUUGUGGUACGCCAGACUACAUGGCACCAGAGAUUAUAAAAGGACUUAAAUAUAAUCACGCCGUAGAUUGGUGGUCUUAUGGUGUUUUAUUAUACGAAAUGUUAACCGGCCAGUCACCAUUUUCUGGGUGCGACGAGGACGAACUAUUUUGGAGCAUUUGCAACGAACGGCCAUUUAUACCUCGGUAUCUGAGUCAAGAAGCUAGCGAUAUGCUCAUCUGUUUAUUGGAGAAGGAUUCUGCGAAAAGGCCACCUAGUCAUGAAAUUGCUAUGCAUGCUUUCUUUCAGCAUUUGCCUUGGGAUCGAUUAGAGAGGAGACAAUUAGAACCGCCAUUUAAGCCCGCGAUCGAUCACACCUUAGAUACAAAAUAUUUCGACACAGCAUUCACAACUGAACGUCCAAGACUCACGCCGGUACCCGAACAGAUUUUGACUUCGAUGGAUCAAGGUGUUUUCCGUGGAUUCUCCUAUACGAAUCCAAACGCGACAGACUGAUGUGUAUCAAGCGGGAAAUGAUGCUAUAUGCAUAAUGUUAUAAAUUUAACAGAUUAAUAUCUGUAAUUUUCUUCCUCGAAAACUUUCUUGUUUUGCAUAAAAACGAGAAUGUAUUACCGUUUUUUUGGAUUCGUAUAAAAUUACUAUUAUAUAAUAAAAAAUAUACGAAUCAUUUUAAAGGCAUAUGUUUGUGCAAAUGAAUUACAAGGAAGGAAUAAUAUAUAAUUAAA